GGGAGUCAUCAAGUUUAGACACAAUAUUUGAAAGUUUUUCAGAUUUUGUGGAAAGUUCAAUCACUUCGAUUAGUAGUUCAAUCAAUAAAAACAAUACUACUACAAGUGUAAAGCACAUACCGUAAAAACAUCAAUACAUCUGCAGCUAUUUUGUAAAUAAUGACUAGGAAGAUGGUGUAAUCAGGUGUCGUUCGUUGUUUGGUGCAGAAAAAAUAUAUUUUUGCUACGGAAACUUGCUUUCUGGUGCGUUUAGUUUCUGCUUUUUGGUGAUUUUCGCCAGCUGUGAAUUGAUAAAACAACCGAAAACAUGUUAAACACUAACCUGGUCGUGCCUGUGGUGCUGUGGGGACCGAACACACCUACACACUGUGUGUCGAGUGUGUUCCUGUCACGAGACCAGAAAAUCCUUGCGACAGGUUGCUAUGAUGGACAAAUUUGUCUAUGGCAAGUGGAUCCGGAGACGUUGCAGAUGACCCCCCGGUGUCUGCUAGUGGGGCACACGGCUCCUGUUCUGUGCCUGACACGGGCAUCGAUCAUUCAGGACAAUAAUUUCCUAGUCAGUUCGUCGGAAAAUGGCGAAAUGUGUACCUGGGACCUGGUGGACGGAAAGUGCACCGAAAGCAUCAAGAUGCCGCAGGUGCACACGAACAUCCAGGCAUACCACAUGGCCAACUGUGACGAUAUUCGCCUCUUCUGCAAUGGAUAUUACGCGGAAAUUAUGGUGAUGGAUCCGUUCAGUCUGGAAGUUUUGUUCUGUCUGAGUUCAAAGGUCAAUCCCGAUUGGAUUUCCGCACUCCAUGUGUUGCGCCCAUCGAAGCGCAAGGAUGACGUUGUGCUGGCCAUCACAACUACCGGUACGGUGAAGGUUUGGACGUUGAUUGGAAACGAAAACAAGUACUCCGAGCCGAUCUACGAGAAUGAAUCGAAACAAAUUCGCUGUCUUAAUGCGAUCACCAUGAACUGCUGCUCGCAGAACCAGCGCACGGUUUUGAUCGUGUGUGCAAAAUACUGGCAGAUCUACGACGCAGGCGAUUUUACGGUGCUGUGCAGUGUCAUUUCACCAUCCGGCGAACGGUGGAUGGGAGGCGAUUUCCUAUCAAACGAUCGGGUUAUUCUGUGGUCGGACGAAGGAAAGGGUUAUCUGUUCCGUUUGCCGGCGAACAGCAUACCGGAUAAUAAGGACUUCCAUGGGCCCUCCGUUGGAAAAGAUUCGCCGUUCUUGUACUGCAUUCUGUCGCAGACAGGUGAAAAACCCCUGUCCUGUCCACCGACGAUGAAGCUCGUGACGUCCAAUCGCGGCGGUAAAACGCAAAAGUAUUUACUUCGCGGCGAUUCCGAAGGAUACGUCAAUAUUUGGGCUGUGCCCGACAUUUCCAUGGAGCAGAUAAAACAGAUUCAGAAUCUGAAACAACAUCCUCAAACAUUGGAAGCUACUAUAUGCACCUCUCUGCUAGAGGCAUGGAACAAGAUGAGUCCUCUUCCAGUGGGAAUUUUGGAUCAGCUGUACCAAAACAGUGAACCAUUGAUUAAACUCACCGCAAGCAUUUAUUUGCCGCAGCAAAGUAGAUUGGUGGUGGGUAGAGAAGAUGGAAGCAUUAUCAUCGUUCCAGCGACACAAACGGUGAUGUUGCACUUACUUCAUGGCAACCAUCAAAAGUUUAUUGAUUGGCCACCGCAUCAAAUCCUGAAUGGACAUAGUGGGAGAGUCAAUUGUCUCCUAUGUCCAUCGUUGGCGCACUCGCGAUACGACAAGUCGCAUCUAGUAUCAGGCGGAGUCGAUUUUGCCGUUUGCCUGUGGGAUCUGUACAGCGGAGCACUGAUCCAUAGAUUUUGCGUUCACGCUGGGGAAAUUACACAACUGCUUGUCCCUCCGCCCACAUGCAGUCCUCGCAUUCUGAAAUGCAUCUGUUCCGUCGCAUCGGACCACUCCGUCACGCUGCUUAGUUUGCAGGAGCGUAAAUGUGUGACCCUGGCAAGUCGUCAUUUGUUCCCGGUGGUUUCGAUUAAAUGGCGCCCACUGGACGAUUUUCUUAUAGUCGGCUGUUCCGAUGGCACCGUGUAUGUUUGGCAGAUGGAGACAGGUCAUCUUGACCGCGUAUUACACGGUAUACUGGCUGAGGAGGUGCUGAAUGCUUGCGACGAAAAUACCGGUGAAACGGGAAGCAGCGCUGGAUCGACAUCAGAAAUGGGUCUCGCUAAUCCGGCCGUUCAUUUCUUCAGAGGUCUAAGACAUCGCAAUAUCAAUGCCAUUCGCCAUGCAACGCAACGCGGAAUUCAUCAACUCCAACAGUUGCACGCGCAUAACAAUCAGCAUGGAGACUUCCUCAUGAAGAAUCGCAGCAGCCCGUUGAUAAUUCAGGGUUUGCGAACCAACCCUAAAGAUGCCGAAAGUCACAUUCUUUUCUUUGAUAUCGAGGGAUUAAUAUUUGAACUGCAUGCCGAAGAGUACGCUGCCAUGAGCCCCAACACGUUGGAGGCUGAAGGACUGUUGAUUCCGGCUGGCGCUGAUAGCCACUCUUCAGAUGCUGGGAAGAAAAUUUCUGAUUUCUUUGGACGUGUUAAGAACAAAGCUGGUGACAUGGAAAAAAUACUUAAAGAAAAGGAUAAACACGGUAUCCUCGCCAAAAUGAAGGAAGGCGCCGAGAACGUACAAACCAAAGUGCAGGCAAAGCUUGAAAGCGUCGUCAAAAAUGUUGGUGAAACGGGCAAAGAUUCCUCGGACAUUUCGAAGAAAAUUGCACCUCGCAUGGAAGCUACCCACGUGAUGGAGGUAGCCCAGUUGCUGCUAUCGUUGAUACACUCCUGGGGCCUCGAUCCACACUUGGACAAAGUGUGUGAAACUCAGUUGGGUUUGCUACGACCUAUGAUUCCAGUUUCGUUUGGCGUACUGUCGAAGGGUGGCUAUAUGUCGCUGCUACUACCGACCUGGCAGAAUAAUAUCGUUAUCAAUUCGACUGCGGAAGAGCUUAAGACGGUAGCGAUGACGCCUGAGCAGUUUCGACGCGAGGGCCUGACGAAGUUGUUUACCGCACGCCUGCAUUGGGAGCUAAGCACAACGCUCACCUCGAACCAUCUGCUAGCGAUGGUGGCGAUGUCCAACACGCUGAUGUCGAUGAACAUGGCCACCUUCGUGCCGGAGCAGGAGCGAGCUCGCAAGUUGCACCGUCAAUCGACCCGUGCGACUUGGAGUAACAACGAGGAAGAGCAGGAGGAAGCCUUCACCCAGCAGCAGGCCCAGAUCAAGCAAGGAUGGAGUCUGCUCUCGACGCACCACUGCUUCCUGCUGCCGGAAAAAAUUGACGCACUUGAUGCGAACAAUUUUAAGCGCCCCCAGGUGGAAAUGAUGGCCCGUCGGUGGCAGCAUCACUGCCUUGAGAUCCGUGAAGCGGCUCAGCAGCUGCUGCUGGGAGAACUGGGACGAAUGGGGAAAAAGGGUCGCAAGCAGCUGGUUGAAAGCUGGGCCCAAUAUUUACCGAUGUACACGCAUACCGAACCGAUCGCACAGCAGGCCCCCGGUGGAGGACAAUCGAACGCGGGAUCCCCUACCUCCAGCCCAACCGGGCAGCCGGGACUUGAGCACGAAGAAGAAUCGGAAGAGGAGGAGGAAGUCGUUCGCAAGCCAUCGAGUUUGGCUGAGCUGAAACGCAAACAAACGACGGCCGUCGUACUGCUCGGUGUAAUUGGGGCGGAGUUUGGGCAGGACAUUUCCGCCACCGAUGGUAAGCGCAACAACGAGAACCGCCGGAAAAGCUCCGUGGUCGAAGGUUUCGGUAUUGGCAACAACAAUCUUGCCCGUUCGACUUCGAUGGCACUGACCCACCUGCUGCUAGCGCCACCGACGCAGAAGCUUCCGGCUUACACGCCACUGCGCCGUGCUGCUAUCGAUUUGAUCGGACGCGGCUUCACCGUGUGGGAACCGUACAUCGACGUGAGCAAGGUGUUGCUUGGUCUGCUGGAGAUGUGCUGCGACUCGAACCGGCUGAUACCGAGCCUGAACUACAAGUUGCCGCUCACACCACAGGCCGACGCCUGCCGCACGGCUCGGCACGCGCUACGGCUGAUCGCGACGGCUCGCCCGGCUGCCUUCAUCACUACGAUGGCGCGUGAGGUGGCCCGCUACAAUACGCUCCAGCAGAAUGCUCAGGCGAUAAGCGUCCCCAUAACGCAAUCGGUACUGCAUCGGGCCAAACGGGAAAUUCUACAAUGCGUCGAAAUGCUCAUCGACAAGAUGCAGACCGAGAUAGCUAAUCUGCUCGUAGAGGUCAUGGACAUUACCCUGCACUGUGUUGAUUCUGGAGACCUCAAGAAUAAGGGUCUAGCCGAGGUCAGUCCACUGAUGUGCAAAUUUAACCAAGUUUCACACUGCAGUGCUUCACGUCGUAUUGCCGUUGGAGCGAGUAAUGGACACUUGGCGAUCUACGAACUACGGCAGAACAAGUGCCAGAUGAUACCGGCCCACACCAAGCCGGUGACGGCAUUGGCCUUCAGCCCGGACGGCAAAUUUUUGGUAAGCUACUCGUGCACCGAAAAUCGGUUGUCCUUCUGGCAGACCAGUGCCGGUAUGUUCGGUCUGGGACAGUCGCAAACGCGCUGCAUAAAGGGAUACUCGACCGCACCGAUACCGGACGUCGCCCGGCUCAACCCGAUGCGACUGGCCAAGCUGAUCUGGAUCAACAAUCGCACCGUGACGCUCAUGUUGGCCGAUGGGUCUGAGACAAGAUUUAACGUGUAAACCUCACCCGCCCUUGCUAAAGUGACCCGCAACCCUUCAUACCUUUCUUCAGCUGUUGGAAAGCUUAUAUUAUUCUGUUGUGCGGCCGUGUUAGAAAAUAUACUGUUGAGUUGUU